AUGUCUCAGCCAAAGCCAAAGCCCCGCAUCCUCUUCUUCAACCCCGUGCGCCAUGCGUUGGCCGACUACGAGGCUCUGCAUGCCGUGGCGAGCCCCGAAGUUGUGACGAGCACUUCGCGGAGGGAGCUCUUUGACGACUUGAAAGCAAAGUAUCACGACAUUCAGGCCAUCUAUAGGACGUCUGCCAGCGGAGCGGUCGCCGGGAACUUUGACGAGGAACUCAUCAGCCACCUCCCCCCGUCGUUGAAGUUCAUCUGCCACACGGGCGCCGGCUACGAUCAGAUCGACGUCGACGCCUGCUCCCGCCACGGCAUCACCGUCACCUACGCGCCCGACCCGGUCACCAACGCCACGGCCGACCUGGCCCUCUUCCUGCUGCUGGGCGCCAUCCGGCAGCUGAACCCUUCGUUCAGCAGCCUGAGGAACGGGAACUUCAAAAAGGGCCUUGACUUCGGCCACGACCCGCAGGGCAAGACCCUGGGCAUCCUCGGCAUGGGCCGCAUCGGCCGGGCCGUCAAGCGCCGCGCAGAGCCGUUCGGGCUGAAGGUCGUCUACCACAACCGCACGCCCCUGUCGGACGAGCUGGCCGCCGGGUGCCCGUACGUGUCCUUUGACGAGCUUCUCGAGACGAGCGACAUCAUCUCCGUGCACGUCCCGCUCUCGGCCGCGACGAAGCACCUCAUAGGAGCGGCCGAGAUCGCCAAGAUGAGACGGGGCGUCGUCCUGAUCAACACGGCACGGGGAGCCGUCAUCGACGAGGGCGCAAUGGCGGAGGCGCUGGAUGCCGGCCACAUAGCCGCCGUGGGCCUGGACGUCUACGAGAGGGAGCCCCUGGUCGACGAGCGGCUUGUGAAGAACGAGCGGGCGCUGCUCGUGCCGCACCUGGGCACGCACACCGUCGAGACGCUCAGGCAGAUGGAGUCGUUGGCCAUGGAGAAUGCGCGGCGAGGGGUAUGCGGGGAGGCCCUUCUGACCAUCGUCCCAGAGCAGGUCGAGACCAGGUCGGUGUAA